GUCAAAGCAUUCGGUCCCGGGUUGGAGCCAGUGGGCUGCAUCGUGAACAAACCGGCCGAGUUCACCAUCGAUGCUCGAGGAGCCGGGAAAGCAGCGCUCAAGAUCUAUGCUCAGGAUGCAGAAGGCACCCCCAUUGACAUCAAAGUCAAGGACAAUGGCAACGGGACCUUCUCCUGCGUCUACGUCCCCACCAAGGCCAUCAAGCACACCAUCAUCAUCAGUUGGGGAGGCGUCAACAUCCCCAAGAGUCCAUUCCGGGUGAGUGUCGGAGAAGGUAGCCACCCCGAUAAAGUCAAGGUGUACGGUCCUGGAGUCGAGAAAACUGGGCUGAAGGCCAACGAACCCACCUACUUCACUGUGGACUGCAGCGAGGCUGGCCAAGGAGACGUGAGCAUUGGGAUUAAAUGUGCCCCUGGGGUGGUGGGACCAGCAGAAGCCGACAUCGAUUUCGACAUCAUCAAGAACGACAACGACACCUUCACGGUGAAAUACACCCCGCCGGGCCCUGGGCGUUAUACCAUCAUGGUGCUCUUCGCCAACCAGGAAAUCCCCAUAAGCCCUUUCCACAUCAAAGUAGACCCCUCGCACGACGCCAGCAAAGUGAAGGCCGAGGGGCCUGGCCUCAAUCGGACAGGCGUGGAGGUCGGGAAGCCCACUCACUUCACCGUCUUCACCAAGGGAGCGGGCAAAGCCAAGCUGGACGUCCACUUUGCCGGUGCCACCAAGGGCGAGGUGGUGCGUGACUUUGAGAUCAUCGACAACCACGAUUAUUCCUACACGGUCAAAUACACAGCCGUGCAGCAGGGAAACAUGGCAGUGACGGUGACCUACGGCGGUGAUGCCAUCCCCAAGAGCCCCUUCCCAGUCUACGUGGCACCCCCUCUUGACCUUGGCAAGGUCAAAGUGCAAGGACUCAACAACAAGGUCGAUGUGGGUCGGGACCAAGAAUUUAUGGUCAACACGCGAGGAGCCGGCGGCCAGGGACAGGUGGACGUGAAGAUCAGUUCGCCUUCCCGGCGCCCCAUUCCUUGCAAGAUGGAGACUGGGGCCACCAACGAUGUCCACUCGGUGAAGUACAUGCCGCCCGAAGAGGGACAGUAUAAGGUGGACGUCACCUAUGAUGGGAAUCCUGUGCCUGGAAGCCCCUUUGCUGUUGAGGCCGUGAUGCCCCCAGACCCAACCAAGGUCAGCUCCGGCCGGGUGCUCAGCGCGGCAGGAUCUCAGGGAGGGAGCGG